GCAACAAUUGAGCCAAGAUGUUGCGGAAUCUACUUGCCCUUCGACAGAUUGCCCAGAGGACUAUCAGCACCACUUCACGAAGGCAUUUUGAAAACAAGGUUCUGGAGAAACAGAAGUUGUUUCAGGAGGAUAAUGGGAUCCCAGUACAUCUGAAGGGCGGGGCGUCUGAUGGCCUCCUCUACAGACUCACAAUGGCUCUGACAGUCGGUGGAACGGUCUAUGCCAUCUAUCAGUUAGCUAUGGCUGCAUUUCCCAAGAAGCAGAACUGACGUCAUCGUCCCAGCCUUCACAUGGUUCAGUUCCAUCCAGCGCACAGUGGAUCAGGCAUCUAAUGAGUAACUGAGCUCUUCUUUGAGGAUCAAUAUUUAUUAACGUGUACUAACUGCCACC